AUGCCUCACGAAGUCGCACCUGCAGAACUCUAUGAGGUCUAUCAGGGGCCUCAUGUGAAGCCGUUGAAAGUGAUCCGAAUCCGUCAAUAUCGUAAGGCAGGAGACACCUUGGGCAUCUUCGAGAGCUGGGGCACUUUCAGGUAUCAAAAGAUGAGCCAAGAUCAAGAUCUCCUGCAGAGCACAGAUCACCUCUUGGACAAAAGUUUGCAGACUUCGGAGACAUGUCUCUACCCAGGGGUAAAGGUGCCCGAUUUGAGGCAUGACUGGGAGUGCACUGUGCUCUCGGAGACCUUGGCGGAGAUUGUCAAGGAGCGUAAGGCUGAAGAAAUGAAGGAUGCCUUGAAAGCUAAGAUUUAUGAAAAGGACAUGAUGGCGAAGAAUGUUGGUAGCAAAGCAGCUGAAGUGGUGAAGAGUAUGGAUGUGGAUCUUUCCAGGCUGGACAAGCAGCGGCAAACCAUGCACCAGUUCAUCUCUUCCUCUUUCUUUGAUUCCUUCAUCGGUCUGAUCAUUCUGGUGAAUGCCGUCAUCAUUGGAUAUGAAGCUGAAUUGAGCGUCCAAAUACCAUUUGGUUGUGAUGAGCAAUGCAAGUGCGACCAGGCAACCUCGACAGGGAAUUGCUUUGCGAUGCCUCAGUGGCUACAGGCUGUCGACUACGUCUUUGCGGCAGUAUACAUCGCAGAAUUUUGCUUGCGGCUGUAUACCUAUGGCAUCCCUGUACUGCGGACACUCGACAUGUACUCUGUGAAAUAG